GCACUCAACGCAAUCGGUGCCGCGGCCGCAGUCUCCCCCCCGUCCGUUGAUAAAGAAAUGUUGAUCCGCGAUAAUGCGCGACUCCUCGACGACUUGUAAAUAAUGAUGGUCUGGUGUUGUUUAACUUCGAAUUACGGACAAUGAUAGGUGUUUAUUUACGGACCGGGCGGCAGUAAAAUUGUGCUUUUUAUGUGCGACAAUCAAUGCAGCGAGUGUUCCUACAGCACGUACGCGUGAAUUAAACAAAAAAAGAGCGACGACAAGGAGACGGUGUGUGUGAAAGAAUUUUAAUUGAUUUCGGGGUCCAAUGCAGCCCGAUACGGGUGCACUGUUGUGCAGUUAUUAAUACAGCCGCGAUACAGUCGUGGUUUCAUGGUUAACAAUAUUUAUUGAGUAAGAGAAAAUGGCAAACCGAGCUGGCCAAGCGCAGAGACCUAACGGUUCGACCCAGGGCAAGAUUUGCCAGUUCAAGCUGGUAUUGUUGGGCGAGAGCGCCGUCGGCAAGUCGAGUCUUGUGCUGCGUUUCGUCAAGGGCCAGUUCCACGAAUACCAGGAGAGCACGAUCGGCGCCGCCUUCCUCACACAGACCAUCUGUUUGGACGACACGACGGUCAAGUUCGAGAUAUGGGACACCGCGGGACAAGAAAGGUAUCAUAGUUUGGCGCCGAUGUACUACCGCGGCGCCCAGGCGGCCAUCGUCGUCUACGACAUCACGAACCAGGACACGUUCGGCAGAGCGAAGUCGUGGGUGAAGGAGCUGCAGCGUCAGGCGAGCCCGGCGAUCGUCAUCGCCUUGGCUGGCAACAAGCAGGACCUGGCGAACAAGCGGAUGGUCGAGUACGAGGAGGCUCAGACCUACGCCGAAGAAAACGGACUGUUGUUCAUGGAGACGUCCGCCAAAACGGCGAUGAACGUCAACGACAUUUUCCAGGCGAUAGCAAACAAACUACCGAAAAACGAACAAACCACGGGCCAGGGCAACAGCGGCCAGGGCAGACGGCUGGCGGAGGGCGACACGGGCGCCAAAGCCGCGGGUAACUGUUGCAAGUGAUGGCCCACAAGUAUCUGGGCCGGUGUUAAUAUUAACAAUGAAUUGGACUGUGCUAUGACACUCUAGUGAUAUCUACGUGUAAUAAGAGCCAUCUCUCUUUACCUAACCAUUUAAUAACUAAAGAAACACUGUCACGCGUUUUGGUACGUUAGUAUAAUACGUUUGCCACCAUCCCUCCUCCAGCGAGGCACCAGCGGUUAUUAUUGCAUUAGUAAACGCUGUCCCGAAAACAAAACAAAAAAAAAUAAACUCCUUCGUCCCCCUCCCGAUGAUUUUAUUUUGUUUUUAUCCGUAUGGAAAUUUGUGAUAAAUGUACCUAUUUUUAAAUUAGCCUUCGUUCACAACUGACAGUGUGGGUAAAGUAAUAAACACAUUUGGAUUGAUGAUAGUGCACUAUACGUUUUUAAUUUUCAAUCUUUUAUUCACUUUAAAGUGCAAUUAUUGUUAUUUAGUCCACUAUUUUGUAUGAACGUCAUCAAUCUUAAAAUGUAGCACUUUCAAUGUAUACUUAUCCAAAAAAAAUUCUACCAAAAGUGUAAAUUGAAAGGAAAAUAUAUGUGUAUUUUAUUAGUGUCGUUUCCAGGAAAGGUAUGUUUCAUAACAAAAAAACUAUAUUAAGUUAUUUUAAUAAUAUAUAUACAUAUAGAAGAUAGUCCUGUUUCAUUCUGUUUUGAAACUUACUUUUAUCAAAACAGGUGCAUGACUGAUGUAUAAUUUUUAGAAAGAACACGUUUCUUUUUAUAUUGAAUUGAUAUGCUCAUUGAUUGAUCAAUUGUCAUGCAUCUACUUAAAUUUAUAUAUACUUACGACAACAACUUAGUGUCUUUUGCUGGUCCCAAUUCAAUGCAACUAUCGAUAGUUGUCUGAAGUGUAAUGUAAUUUAAGUGCUGUUCUCACACACAGAACCAUAAAAUAUUUUUAAAAUAUAAAGUGUGCGCAAGACUGAUUUGGCAUCUUUGAUUAAUUAUUGUAUUAUAUUAAUUUUUGGACAUAUUGAUUGAAAGUUUAUGGUUUAGAGACUUUUUAACUAGGCUAUCAAAUCAAGUAAGCUUACUAAGUAAUUUUUAUAUAAGGGAAUGCUAAUACUCAGUUCGGUUCCAAUUGGGCACGUGCAGUGUUUAUUAUCAGGGUGCCAAAUUGGUCUAUGUAAUACAUUUUACAAUCGUAUAUAUUAUUUAAUAGAUGUACAAUGUAGUAAGGUGGUUGUACAGAAUUUUAAUUGAGGAUACUAACAUCAUAAGAAUGAAAUCAUGUAUUAUAUUUGAAUAUAAUUAUUAUUAAAUUUAUUAUUAUUUUAUUUGCUUCUUGCUUAUAAUAUGGUUAUCAGUAUUCUGUAUGCACAGAAUAGGAUUGUACAGGAACCAUACCAAUAAAGUUAUUAAAUUUAAACUUAA